CUCAGGACAAAAGGGGAGUUUUCCUUAUUUUCAUUUCUUUAAUAGCUGAGUGAGUCAGUGUAUAAACAACCUUAAAGGUGAAAACAGCUGGUAAAACGUCUCCUUGGCGUCGUUUCUUUAUUGAUAGAACUGUUGCUGUUGCCAGGGGUGUUUUACUAAGAGUAAUAACUGUUGUGGUUACUAUUUGGUAAUGUGAUGGAUUCGUGGUUUAAGAUAUUAUUGGUCGCUAUCUUGUUGACAUGGGCAGAAACAAAAGGACAACCAGAAGCCAAUAACCAAGCGCCGAACAGGUGUGGUCAGGAAGAGUGCGAAAAAUUUCAAGGUUGUCUCGAAACCUUGGAAACUAAUUUACACGGGGAUGUCAAUACAUUGAACGCAAAAUCAAUCAACGCAGAGUCUAAGUUUAGUCUUACGUCUCGUUCAAAUUCGCUGAUUCUUGACUGGGAAGACAAUUAUGGUUGCGCAUCUCAACUUACCGCGCUCAAUUUGAAAAUCUUUUCCGACGGAGAAAUAGAUGUCCCAGAUAGCGAAACUGCAUCCGUCAAGAUUCCGCGCAAUUGUCUAAAAUUAAAAACGGACGGGACCAAACUUUUCUCACUAGACUUGUUAGCCAAUCAAAGGUGCACACCUAAAUGGAAGCCUUUAGAUGCGUGUAGAAAGUAUGCAUUUGAAAUUCAAUCCGAGUAUUCAAAUAAUCGGUCCAGCAGUGCAUCUUUUAUAUCGGAGGCCUUCACAUCAAAACAAGGAAUCAGCCCCAAAAAUACGAUCGAUGGUCUGUGGCAAUGUUCCGCGCAAAAAUUCUUCUGUCGAGGAAUCGUCGAUCCCCUUGAUCCUUAUGCCUACGCUUUCGGGAGUACGAAAACCAGCGGUUGUUUAGACAACGACAAAAUUUGCAACCGAGAAACCGACUGCGAAUCCGGAAUUGAUGAGCUGAAUUGUGCCAAAGGUCCGAAAUUCUGGUUUAUUGGCAAUAAACCGGAACCGUGUACCAAUGGAUUUCAGUGUGGGCGGCAAUGCAUUUCCAACGAACUCGAGUGCGAUGGCAAAUACGACUGUCUUGACGGUUCUGACGAGCACUACGAUUGCGAAUACUCCAAAUCGUGCAGUCAGCUAACUGGAAAUGUUGGUCGUUUCUCUUCCGCACCGGUAACACCUCCGAACGAAAAUAUUCACAAGAAUCACUGGAUGAAUCUUGUGCGAAAAUCAGUUGUCUUGAUUACGGUGCAAACCAACCGUACCAUCUGGCUAGCUUUUAAUAAAUUCCGCACCACAGAGAACCGGUUUUUAAAGGUUUAUGAUGGCUCAUAUUCAACGAGUCCUCUGCUUUUGUCACACAGCGGAACGACAAAGCCCCACCCUGUUCGAUCAUCGUCUAAUAAUUUGUACGUGGAAUACCCAUCGUACUACGAUCAAAGCUACGGGGUUGAAGUCUUCUACACCAGUAUGAACACCAUGGACCCCCCAUUCGUUUCAGGAUGUGGAGGUUACAUCUAUGGCGAUGGUGAAGUUACCUCGCCUGAUAAUUUGUCAAGUCUUUCCGACGUAACUGACUGUAUUUGGUUUGUGGAAGCUCGUGAUAGCAAAGGAAUAAUUCUAUUAAAGAGAAAUGUUGAUUUAAUUGACGAAAAAGAUAAAUCAACCUCUGAAUUCCCGGAAAAUCAUCCCAUUAUGACUCAGGUGUACGACGGUUGGAGCUCAUCCGGCCAAGUGCUGUACGACGAACGAAUUUCCCCUCGCCCUCCAAGAGUCAUUUACUCGAUAAGUCACAAAAUAAUGAUUCAAUUUAGAAUGUUACCGGAAAUUAAAAAUAGCAAAACAUUUAAUUGGCGCAUCACCACCAUAAGACCUACGGUUCAGUAUCUUGUCGGGGAGAAAGGAACUUUGAAAAGUCCCAAUUAUCCAGCAACAUAUCCUGAUUCUUCCGACUUCCGCUGGAAUAUCGUCACUGCGCCGCACACUAAAAUUCAGCUUCUUUUCGCGUUGCUUGAAACCCAAGAAGAAUUUGACUACCUCUACGUGUAUGAUGGACCUACAAUUUAUUCUCAAUUGCUUCUCGAAAAAUCGGGAUCAGAACCUUUACCUUUUGCUGUCAACUCCUCUACUAACGAGGUACUCGUUCGAUUAACGUCUGAUGAGGCGAAAGCUUUUCCUGGAUUCCUAGCUGUGUACUCGACUCUCUAAAGAUGUUAACUAAUGUAAAAGGGUUGGGAUUGCGAAUAGCUCAACAUUUUCUACAUCAUCCUGGUAGCCGAGAAAAGAAUAAGAACCUCCCGUCAUCUUUUUUUUUUAAAUAUUCUGUGUAUUAUUCGACAAUCUUUAAUUUAACUAAGUAAAAUAAAUUAAAUGGAAUAUUGGCUACAAUCUAAA